GGAGCGGAGGGGCCCUGAGCCUCCCAACGGUGUCGCAGAUCGGAGUGGCUGUGCCUCGUCUGCACUUGCCAGGGCGGCCCUCAUGGCGCUGCUCCGACGCCCGACGGUGUCCAGUGAUUUGAAGAAUAUUGACACAGAAGUUAUUCCUAAAGCCAAGAGCCAUGUGACUAUCCGGAGGGCAGUUUUAGAAGAAAUUGGAAAUAAAGUUAGAACCAGAACCACUCAGGUGGCUAAGAAACCUCAGAACACCAAAGUACCAGUUCCGCCCACCAAAGUGACAAAUGUCAACAAACCGCCGAAACCUACAGCUUCUGUGAAACCGGUGCAGAUGGAGGCGCUGGCUCCAAAGGAUCCUCCUCCCGCCCCCGAGGAUGUCUCCAUGAAGGAAGAGAGCCUCUGCCAAGCUUUCUCUGAUGCUCUGCUCUGCAAGAUUGAAGACAUAGAUAACGAGGACGGGGAGAACCCUCAGCUCUGCAGUGACUACGUGAAGGACAUCUACCAGUAUCUCAGGCAGCUUGAGGUUUUACAGUCCAUCAAUCCACACUUCUUAGAUGGAAGAGAUAUAAAUGGACGUAUGCGUGCCAUCCUGGUGGACUGGCUGGUCCAAGUCCAUUCCAAGUUUCGGCUUCUGCAGGAAACUCUGUACAUGUGCAUUGCCAUCAUGGACCGGUUCCUGCAGGCUCAGCCGGUCUGCCGGAAGAAACUGCAGCUGGUGGGGAUCACAGCUCUGCUCCUGGCUUCCAAGUAUGAGGAGAUGUUUUCUCCAAAUAUCGAAGACUUUGUUUAUAUCACAGAUAAUGCUUACACCAGUUCCCAAAUCAGAGAAAUGGAGACUCUGAUUUUGAAAGAGUUGAAAUUUGAGUUGGGCCGACCUUUGCCACUUCACUUCUUAAGGCGAGCCUCCAAAGCCGGAGAGGUGGAUGUUGAACAACACACUUUAGCCAAGUACCUGAUGGAGCUGACACUCGUCGACUAUGACAUGGUGCAUUACCAUCCCUCUCAGGUUGCAGCCGCUGCUUCCUGCCUGUCUCAGAAGGUGCUGGGCCAAGGAAAAUGGAACUUAAAGCAGCAGUAUUACACAGGCUACAUGGAGAGCGAAGUACUGGAAGUCAUGCAGCACAUGGCCAAGAACGUUGUGAAAGUCAAUGACAACCUCACCAAGUUCAUCGCUGUCAAGAACAAGUAUGCCAGCAGCAGACUCCUGAAGAUCAGCACGAUCCCUCAGCUGAACUCGAAAACCAUCAAAGACCUGGCCUCCCCUCUGCUGGGCAUCCCCUAGGCAGCCGGACUUCCAUCCU